AUGAGCCUCUCCUCCUCCGGCGCCGCCAGAUCGGACGCCUCCGCGCCUGUGCUCCCUACAGCACCAACACAUGCCAUCGUCGUCCACCCCUACACCACCGUCAACGUCAAGGCUCACGUUCCCGUGACCCUAGACAUGAAGGGCGGCAACUACUCCAAGUGGGCGUCGUUCUUCACGGCGUUCUGGAUCUUCGGCACCGUCGACGACUCCAUCCUUGACCUCGCCAUCACCGACGAGAACCAGACCGCGCGCCAACUCUGGGUCGCGAUCGAGGCCCUGUUCCGCACCAACACGGCCUCCCGCGCUGUCUUCCUGCUCGAGGAGUUCCACACCCUCAAGCAGGGCGACUCCACCAUCGACGAGUACUGCCAGCGCCUCAACCUUCUGCGCGGCCUCAACCCUCGCUUCGACUCCACCGCCGACGACAUCGCCAACGCCACGGUUCUUCCGCCCUUCACGCGUGCCCACGAGCUGCUCUCCCUCAAAGAGCUGCGCCUCGCCAACGACGCGAAGAACACGGCGGCCACUGCCCUCGUCGCCUCCACCACCGCCUGCUGUACCAGCCCCUCUUGCCGCUCCUCCUUCGCGGGGGUUGCUACGGGCGGUAGCAGCAAGGGCGGGGACAGCGGAGGCAGCGGCGCGCCCAAGCAGAAGGGCGGCAAAGGCGGCGGCAAGGGUCGCUGA